AUGGGUUUUCCAGUGCAGCCAGUGCAAUAUCUCAAUACUAUGGACAACUUGAACUUUGUAUUCCCUGAUCCACCUGGUCAUCUGUCCGACUUAGAUGGCAGUAACCAGAGUUGUCCACCAAACUUGUACAAGACUCCAGGACGUGGACACCAAGUGCCAUCAUACCCUCAGUUCUACCCAACAGAUCACUCAGCCAACAUGAUCCCACCAGCUAUGCACGGUUUACAGCUUGACCCAAAUCUCGCCUACUCGCAAAAUCUAUUUAAUAACAUUGAUCCCUAUAUGUUCGCUUCCUUGUCAGACCCGGCCUUUUACCCCCCACUGCCCUCCCUAUGUCACCUCCUAGAACAACGUGACACUGAAGAUACUUCUGCGUUCCAAAACUCGGUAGUCCAACAUGACACCCCCCAGGGCAUGCCCAGUCUCCCCAGUGUGCGCAACAAGUCCACAAGUGAUGAUUCACCGUCCAACAGUGAGGACAGAACCCACCAUUCAUCCACUCACCAAAAUCUUCCAGCCACACAUGACACCCCCCCAGAUGUGCCUCCUGUCUCAAGUAAUGAAUUGACAUCCAACACCGACAAUCGUCAUGAGACGACCCAGGACACUGGCACCAUUGUGCAAGGAUGCGCCAGCAAAAUGGUUCCUGAAGCCAAUAAUUUGUCAUGGGCUGUGAGGAACCCUAGCAGACCAGUGCUGGUUCCUCGAGCACCUCUCAACGCGAUGCAGAAGGGACGUGCUAAUGCGCAGAGAGCAUUGCAUAAGAUUUUGGCUCAGCAACGCAAGGAGGCGGAAGAUGCCCUGCACAUGGCCAUUCAAAAAGCUCUCUCUGAGCAUGAGGAAAAGACUAACCAUCUCACUAUUGAACAUGGUAUCACUGUGGAGAAGGUGAAGAAGCUUAUGGGAGGCGAAAGGCACUACAAAGGCAAUUGA